GUAAGAGAUUCCAGGUCAUUGGAAUCAAUGUUCUGACAUUACAGUCAAAGUGCUCGCGCUGGAAAAAUGGUGCAAAGCUCUGUUAAAUAUAAAGCAUUAUCAAGCGAUGUGCAAGAUGAAAACGAGAGCGACUAUGCCGAAGAGGAGGACGGUGAAGAAAUUACUAUACAUUUUCAGUCGUCUUUCAUUGAUCGGCAAAGAGGGAAAAGGACAAGGGACAACUGUAUCAGGGUCAUGGUGGCCCUGAUUCUUCUGGGAAUAGUUUUUGGAUUUAUGGUCAAUGAGUGGAAUGGGUAUUGGUCUGGGGUUGAGGGUCAUCAGAACCUGUCACAUCACCAGGUGCUUGACAGAUCAAACAAGACAUUUGAGGUAAAGGACCAUGAUCACCACAACCAUCAUGGAGAACAUGAAGAUGAUGAUGAUGAGGAGGAGGUCAAGACAAACAAGAACUCUGAAGAAAAGCAGCAUGAACACCACCAUCAUGCAGAACAUGAUGAUGAAGAUGAUGAUGAUGAGGACAAGACAAACAAGGACUCUGAAGAAAAGGAGCACAACCACCACCAUCAUGGGGAGGAAGAUUAUGAUGACAAUGGCCACAAUCACACAGAUGGAGAUGAUCACCAUAAUCAUAGUCACAGUCAUCUGUACCACAAUGCUGCUAUUAUCACGGACUCGGAUAUCUGCUCCAAUAUUGGCAAGGAUAUUCUUCAGGAGAAAGGGAAUGUGGUAGAUGCAGGGAUUGCUGCUUUACUCUGCCUAGGAGUUGUCCACCCACACACUGCAGGAUUAGGUGGAGUGUUUUCAGCUAUUUUAUAUAAUCACACUACGGGAUCAUUUAAGGCAAUACGUGACACCUCUCACAAAUUGCCUACUUAUGGAGCUCCCUCGCUGUUGCAGGGCCUUAGACUACUGCACUCAAACUAUGGGCUUUUAGAAUGGAGAAAGCUUUUUGAAGGUGCCACAAAAGUUGCAAAAGAUGGUUUCCAUAUUGAUGGAAUCCUCUCCAGGGCUUUGGAAACCCUCAAGGAAAAAAUCCUCCAAUCAAGACUGUGUGAUGUGUUCUGCAAUACGACUGGCCAUGUGAAAUCAGAGGGUGCGCACAUCGCCAAUGAAAAUCUAUCAGAACUUUUGCUGAGUGUCAGCCUAAAUAGCUCCCAUUUCUUGGAAACACUGGCUGUAAAAUUGGCUCAAGACAUUUCUGAAGCUGAGAGACCAGCUUUCCUCGCUGCUGUUCAGGCUGGCAGUGGGGAAAUCAGUGAGCCCCUUAUCACAGAAAAGGAGAAAUACGCCAUUCUCUCAGCCCCCUCCCAGCUCACAGGUAGAAUGGUAUCCAAUAUAUUAGACAGAGUCAGGGAGCAAAACCUUUCCUUUCAGAGCGAUGGAGGUUUUAACAAUGCUAUAGCAUCCUAUAACACGCUUUUAAAUUUGGCACAUGAAUUUUUCAACACAAGCCUGAGUGAGAUAUUAACAUUAAAUACAACAAGCAGUCACAUAGGGGCCCUUGAUAGUCAUGGCAAUUUUAUAGUAAUCUCCACCUCGCUCAACAGUACAUGGGGAUCUGGGCAAUACUUACCGAGUAGCGGAGUCUUUCUCAAUGACUUUACCUCAAACAUCACUCAGUUGCCUUUUUUCAGUUUUCCCCUAGUGGUAAAGAUUAAAGGUGAAGAUGAUGCAGAUGAUCAUGACAUUAAUGGUGAGGCACAGGAUGAUGAGAUGCAGUUUGUUGCUGUGACUGGAGGGCUGUCUGCCCUUUUACAGUCUGUGGUUAUGCUGAGGAAGCUGGUGGACUUUGGAAUGUCUGCUCCUGAAACGGUGAACAGUCCUCUUCUUCAUAUAAAGCCUGGAGGUCCCAAGCUUCUGUCUGGCUGUAUGUGUGUUGUCACAAAUGGCUCUACAGUCUACAGUAUGCUUUCAGAAGGAGAUGGGCAGGUACAGAAGGUAGAUGGAUGUUCAGACCACUUUCUAUCCAUGCUGCUGCAGCUGAAAGCAGAACAUAUAGGAGUCUAUGGAGUCCCUACUACUGAGGUCCAUGCCGAUGGAUACUAAGGCAAAUACAUUAUGUCUGGACAGUUAUAACAUAUCAUUGUACACUCACUGAGCACUUCAUUAGGAACACCUGUACACCUACUUAUUCAUGUGAUUAUCUAAUCAGCCAAUUGUGUUGCAGCAGUGCAAUGCAUAAAAUCAUGCAGACUAUGAGUCAGGAAAUUCAGUUAAUGUUCAAAUCAACAAUCAGAAUGGGAAAAAAAUUGUGAUCUUAGUGAUUUCGACUGUGGCAUGAUUGUUGGUGCCAAACGGGUUGGUUUGAGUAUUUCUGUAACUGCUGAUCUCCUGGGAUUUUCACACACAACAGUCUCUAGAGUUUACUCAUAAUGGUGCUAAAAACAAUAAACAUCCAGUGAGCGGCAGUUCUGCGGAUGGAAACGUCUUGUUAAUGAGAGAGGUCAACGCAGAAUGGCAAGACUGGUUCGAGCUGACACAAAGGCUAUGGUAACUCAGAUAACUACUCUGUACAAUUGUAGUGAGCAGAAUAGCAUCUCAGAAUGCACAACACGUCAAACCUUGAAGCUGAUGGGCUACAACAGCAGAAGACCACGUCGGGAACUUUAUUAAGGCCAUAGUGUUCCUAAUAAAGUGUUAAGCGAUUAUAAAUAAAUUAUAUUUUGCACUUUAUGAGGCUUAUUAAUCGUACGCCACUUGUUGAAAAUAUCCUAAAAAAUGUGCUUCAUGUGGUAACAUCUAAAUUAACUGGUUAGAGUCAAUUCAAAAAUAUGAUUUAACAUGUCUAAAUCAGUCUAUAAAUUAAAAUCAGAAAUAAAUUAGGUUACACCAACAAAACAUUUUAAUGGUAAGAUCAGGUAAAAAUAGCUCCAUAACGUAACAUUGCAGGUUAACACUUUUUUUCAGUGCAUGUAAAUGUGACAUUUUCUGUAUUUUUGUGGGGGAGAAAACUGUUUACUGAUAUUUUAGGUGACAAGCUUUUGAUUAUUGGGUGCAUUUGUUUUUUAUAAGGAAGUAGUUGCCCCUUGUUUUUUCUAAAACAAGUUAGGUAUGUCCUAAAUGUCACACUGAAUGUCAUUGCGCCUUACACUGUAUUUAUAAAGGAGUGCAAAUUUAAAUUUUAUAUGGUUUUGAAUACAUUUAAAAUGUAUUUAAUGAGAUGUGUUUAAUGAUUUUCAUCACAAAUUAGCUGCCUGUUGUAGUUCUGUUAAUUGGUUUGUUUGUUUUUUCUUUCUCUUGGUUGCUAAACUUUUAUUGUCUUUUUGAUACGUAGAUCUAGAAGGGGAUACUAUGCUAAAAAAAUAAAUAAAAAUAAAAUAAUUGCUGCUGAAGCAGAUUUUGUGAUUGCACAAAAAGUUUUUGGUAUAUCGUCAUUGACUUGACUGGAUGCACUGUCAGCUUUGAUUUCAGUUCUUGUUUACUUUUAAAAUGCUUUUUCAUGAAGCCACAUCCCUGGAAAUGAUGGUGAAGAAUACAUCAAGACUACACUAUUUUGUUUCAUAAUGUGGAAUGUUUGCUCAGAUGAAAAGCUCUUACAAUGGUAAGAGCAUAGUGGUGGUGGUGUAGUGGGCUAAAGCACAUAACUGGUCAUCAGAAGGUUGCUGGUUCAACCCCCACAGCCAUCACCACUGUGUCCUUGAGCAAGGCACUUAACUCCAGGUUGCUCCAGGGGGAUUGUCCCUGUAAUAAGUGCACUGUAAGUCGCUUUGGAUAAAAGCAUCUGCCAAAUGCAUAAAUGUAAUGUAAAUGUAAUGUACAAUGCAUUAUUUACUAUUUUCCCAGUCAUUACUACUGAAAUAACAUUAUAACGCACAAGAUGAGGAAUAUGAGUCAAAACUGACAUGUUUUAAUGAUUUCUGUAUAUUUGUACUACAGAAUGUGCUGAAACAACAAAGUAUGAAUAAAAACACACUUGUGAUUUUAUUAAACACUGAUUAUUUUAUGUAUUUUCAAUGGUUUGAACUUUUUAAAAUGACUUUCUUCCUGAAUUAAACUGAU